AAAAAAAUGCUUGACAAUCAAUCAAUCAUAAGAAUCCAAGAGCUGAAUUAGCCCAAUAAAACCUUUCCCUAUCAGUAACAGGAUUCCCAACCUGGAAAUCUCUAGACAACCACACGAUCCCCAUUGUUAUCUCACAUCACAUCAUAAAAUUACAAAAUUACAAAUUGUUUAUUCACUAUCUUUAUUUUCCGUUUUCAACUGCAGAUGAAUGAGGGCCUUGGUUUUAGAAUAAAAAUCUUGUGAGCAAUGUGAGGUUCGAAGGAGGAUAAACCGAUAAAGCCAAAAUAUGCUGUGACCCUUAUAAGAUGGCAAGAGCAAUUUUGGUUGUCCGAAUUUAGAGCGUAAUAGUUAAUAGCUGGGUAAAAAUUGAAUCUUGACCAAAAAAGAUGGUGGAGCUAUGCUUGAUGGCUUCACAUGGCUGCCCGCGUCUUGUUUCAAACAGGUUGUCUGAGGACUUUCACCAUUUUCUUCCCUAUCACGGGCCAAACCAAGAACUGGUUCAUCCCCUCUCAUUUAACUUAAGUCUGCAGCAAAAAGAGGAGCUGAGAUCUGAUGGUGGGUUGCUUGGUUCUAAUAAUCCCUUCGUCACGAUUGACUCAACCUCCAAAAGGCCCAUACUCGCUGAAUUUCAAGAGACAGAUUCAUAUUCAGAUUCAGCAGUCUUGAGUUCCGGGAUUGCUGAACGUUAUGCCAGACUCGAGAAGAUCCUGAAGCUUCUAGGGUCUAAAUCGACUGAAAAACAAGGCGAUUUGCUCGAUUUAUCCGCGCUGAAUGGUCUGAUGGGACAUAGAUUACCAAUCGAGGAUUUAUCUCGGCAGGCAUUUGCUGCUUCUUGCUCCUCAUUGUGCUUUAGUGAUGGCCAGCUUUUGCAUGAUCUUAUACACCCGACAAGAGAACUCUACCUCAGCCAACCUUUUUUAGGACAAUUACCGUGUAAUUCUACUAGCACUGAGAUGAGUGACUUCAUUUCAGUUAUUACCGAAAUUUCCUCGUUCAAGAAUACAACUAAGUCUAGUAGCCAGACACUGCUGGUCCCUUUCUUUGAGAGGAGGAGAAGAGCACGCGUCAAUACGGAUGCAUCAAAGGUCUCUGCAACCGAGACAGCUGUCCUAAAGAGCCCUUGUAAAUUGAAGGAAAAGGCAUCACAGAAGAAGAAAACCAACAGCAAGUCCUUAAAAGAAAGAGAGGCCUACAACAAUAGCUAUCUUCAUGCAUGCGAAAGCCUUUUAUCCGUUAUAGUCGAUCGACAGCAAAAAGGAAAGAACACUUUGCUCUCGUUGAAAAAAUCGGGCUCUCAGUUGACUCAUUUUUUGACCAAAUUAUCGGCCAGUAUAGCCGGAGCAGGAAUUGCUGUCGUUUUAUCUGUUUUAUGCAGGGUUGCUUGUACUCGGGUGCCCUUUUGUUCGUCAAAGGUUUUGAGUACCGGGCUGGGCCUAGGGCUCGUUUGGCUCUCGUGGGCCGUGAAUAAACUGAGGAUUACGGUUAUCACGAUUAGCAAGAGUUCUGGUAAGGUUGGUGAGAAAGAAGAUGAGAUGAUGGGUGAUUUGGAUAGAGAUUUGAAGGAUAUUUACUUCAGAGUAGCUGCAUUGAUGGCCGUUGUGGUGUUGAAGGUGGCUUGAAAAAAAUCGAGAUGAAAACGUAUAGUAUUUUGAUGUGAAUUGUAAUUUGUAAGUAAAUUCAGUGAGUUAUGUGUUUGUCCUUGAAUUAUUGUUUUUGUGCCUACUUUGAGUCAAUUUUGUCAAACAUUAAACCAAUUUUGUUUCAAAGAUAACUGUUUUUGGGAUCUUGUUGUUUAUGCAUAAUUUCUCUUUUAUC